UUAUCGAUCAGUUGCACUAUCAGCUGUUCAGUUGUCUAUUUACUAUUUUUUGUUUUCCCACAAAAUUUUUUGUUUUGCUUAUUUGGUUGUGGCGAAAUGUUACUCGUGAAAUUGUGUUUUAUGGUAUUAACUACCGAGAACAAAUGGAAAACUUCAGUUUAUCAUUUUCACGUAUAACUCAAUAUAAAUACAAGGACAUCUUAGCACGAAAUAAUUUAAUGCAUUAUCAUCAGUCUGCGCAGGCGUUUAACAAAUUAAUUUAAUUAAUUGAGCACAAAAAUACGCUUGGAAUUUUGUAGUUUUUAUAGAUUAUUAGUUAAGUUAUGGCGCCAUUGAAUAACAUUUCUAGCCUUUUGGAUUGGAUAAAGUUCACUCAUAAUCGUUGCAUACUGAAAAGCACUUUACCACAAUGCCUGGCAACGGAGACGGAUGGUACCUACGGUGAUGAAGCUGAUAGUGAAGCAUGUGCGUGGAAGAACAAAACAGUGUCCUGGUUAGAUAUAUUUAUGACAGGGAUUUACAUAUUAAUACGCGUCAUCUCAGUGAUAUUCAAUAUCAAAUUGGCUGUAGACUAUUAUCACCAAGGCGAACGGCAUUAUUGCAUUUGGACAGUGGUGUGCAUGGUAGUGCCGAUGUGCGUUACUGCGCUGAUUUACGCUAAAAUGUGUUAUCAAGAUAAAAAAUUCGAUGGUGGUAUCAAGGAGGCAACGAAAACGACUAUAUUGGUUUUAGUUUCUUCAGUUUUUCUCAGAUACUGGAACACGCUUAUAUAUUCCGUUAAAUGCAAACGUGCAGAAUUACAAGGAAAUCGAGACGAACAAUUGGAAUAUUACAAUUCUACAACGAAAGAGGAAAGUGAUAUUGCUUUGAUACGUUUAUUUGAAUGCUUUAUGGAAACGGCACCACAAAAGAUACUGCUACUGUCGAUAAUACUAAUGCAAGAAAAUCAAAUUUCAGCCACACAAAUACUUAUGGUGUUGCUCUAUCUUUUGAGCGUACCGGGAACUUUAUUCAGUUAUAAUCGUUGCAUACGUGCCGCGCAACCCAAUAAAAAUAAGUUAAGCUAUUGGUAUAUGGCACCGCAUCUCUGCUGGCACUUUUGUAUUUCAAUUUCGCGCAUAUUUUGCAUUGCUUUCGUUGCUGCGCUAUUUCCGCUCUGGUUAAUAGUAUCAUGUAUACUGCACGCCGUCACAUUGGGAUUCGUUACAUACAUAGUGGAACGUCCGGAAUUCUCCAGCGCUAUUGCCUUUCAUAAUUUUCUUUUUUGCAUCGCAUUAGGUUUCGUUUACAUAUUCAUUUACAUUCCAGUCAAGGAGGCACCAACGAGAUACAAAUAUGCAAUGUACUAUCUAAUUUGUUCAAUAGAGAACAUAAUAUGUGUAGUCUUAUUCAUAUAUAAUCCACCAAACCAUCUUCGAGAAUCGCCUAGACUUUUCUACGCCAUUUGUAUCUUAGCUGUUGCUCUUUAUUAUGUUGGCAUUAUUUGUAUGCUCAUUUACUACAAAAAUUAUCAUCCAAAUGUGAAAGCAAGCAGAAACAAAAAGACUAUUGGUUGAGUAUUUAGUUUAUACAUUAGCAUUUUCAAAUAGUUUUAAAUAUUACAAUACAUUCUCAAAUAUAUAGUAUAUAUGUAUAGUAAGUUGUUGAACUGAUUUACUAUGAGCUUAUACAGGUUAAUGAGAUUUUACACUUUAACACCUCUAGUUUUAAUAACAUAACGAAUUUCAAAUUAAAAUAUGCUUUUUUAAUAAAAAUAAAUAUUUUUGUACAUAUGUCAAAUUUUAUUACAAUAUUCACAGUACUUGGUUGUGAAAAUACGGUUUAUAGUAAUUGCAAACGUUCUAAACU